AUGAGCUGCUACUACGGCAACUACUAUGGAGGCCUGGGCUAUGGCUAUGGUGGCCUAGGCUGUGGCUAUGGCUGUGGCUAUGGUGGCUAUGGCUAUGGCUGUGGUGGCUAUGGUGGCUAUGGCUGUGGUGGCUAUGGUGGCUAUGGUGGCUAUGGUUAUGGAUGCUGCCGCCCACUCUGCUACAGAAGCAUGAGCUGCUACUAUGGCAACUACUAUGGAGGCCUGGGCUAUGGCUAUGGUGGCCUAGGCUGUGGCUAUGGCUAUGGCUGUGGUGGCUAUGGUGGUUAUGGCUGUGGUGGCUAUGGUGGCCUAGGCUAUGGCUAUGGUGGCUAUGGCGGCUAUGGUUAUGGAUGCUGUCGCCCACUCUGCUACAGAAGGUGCUGGUCCUAUGGCUUCUACUGA